AUGAUCUGUAUUGCUUAUUAUUCUCGGGUUGGUAAUUCGCGGAACGGCUAUCGUGUUUGGUACUGGAGUACAUGUAUUGCUUUGAUAGUAUUCUUUUUAGAUUCACAACGGUUUAAUGUAGUCGGAAUGUUAUCAACGUUAUCGCAGUAUGUAAUUCCCAGGAAAGCAACUGUUCAACAGAGUGAGGAGAUAAAAGAGGAUGAAUUUCGAUUUAUUGAAGUUCCAUCGACAUCGGAAAGGUUUAAAGAAGUGUUCGCACCGGUUAUUACAAAUCGUCUCUCCCCAUACGGUUCAAAUAAGUCUUCUGUGAAGAUAGUGAACUGCUACAGUGUAGCAAACCCCCGGUUGGAGAAAAAAUUUGAAAGUUUUCGCUCAAAGCUGUCUGCUGAUGGGGUUUCCUCUGAGGCGUCUUAUGCGUUUAUGGUCGUUGGAGAUAAUGCUCAAGAGGUCGACAUAAUUGCAAAAGAUAGCUUAUGGACUGGCAACGUCGCUGUAGGUGAUCUUGGAACCCCAAGAAAAGGUGUCUAUUUGAGCGAAUCACCGGAUUUGACUACUCCUGCCCCAUUUGUUGAUGAAACUACGACGUUGCGAAUUUUCGCCUUUAAG